GUCAGUGAGUCCUAGGGUCUCGUAGUAUAUAAGAAUAAGAUAGCUCAUCAUGUUCCUGGUUCUCUUACUGCGACAACACCAGAGUGCAUCUCAACUGGCCUAAAAGUGCCCAUAUUACAAUGUUGCCACGCACUCACUACCUCAUCGCGGGCUUAGCCCUAGGAAUCCCCUCCCAGGUCGCUGCUUCAUUCAAGUGGUUUGGCACCAGCGAAUCCGGCGCCGAAUUCGGCAGCGCAUACCCCGGCACGCUGGGCACCGACUACACCUGGCCCGAUCUCAGCAAAAUUAAAACCCUCCAGAAUGCGGGGAUGAACAUUUUCCGCGUUCCCUUUCGCAUGGAGAGGCUUGUCCCGAGUUCCCUAUCCGGGCCCGCCGAUGCGACAUAUUUGGGUGAUUUGAAGGAUCUCGUCAAUAGCAUCACCGCUCUCGGUGCCUAUGCUGUUCUUGAUCCGCAUAACUACGGGCGAUACUUUGGAAACAUCAUUACCUCCACUGAUGAUUUUGCCGCAUUCUGGACGCUCGUUGCUAACGAGUUUGCUGACAAUGACCUGGUCAUCUUUGAUACUAACAACGAAUACAACAGCAUGGACCAAACCCUCGUUCUGAACCUCAACCAAGCCGCCAUCGACGCCAUCCGCGACGUCACCACCUCGCAGUACAUCUUCGUCGAAGGCAACUCCUGGUCCGGCGCCUGGGACUGGACAAGCUACAACGACAACCUGGCGAACCUGGUCGACCCCUCCGACAAGCUCAUCUACGAGAUGCACCAGUACCUCGACGGCGACUCGUCCGGCACAUCCGAGACCUGCACGAGCUCCACAAUCGGCAGUGAGCGCCUCGCCAAGGCGACAGCCUGGCUCCGCGAGAACGGCAAGAUUGGCGUCCUGGGUGAGUUUGCGGGCGGGAAUAAUGAUGUCUGCAAGAGUGCCGUCACCGAUCUGCUGAACUACCUGGAGGACAAUGAGGAUGUGUGGCACGGUGCGCUUUGGUGGUCGGCUGGGCCGUGGUGGGGGGAUUACAUGUACAGUCUGGAGCCGGCGUCGGGUGUCGCUUAUGGGGCGUACUUGGAUCUGCUGUCGCAGUACUUCCCUGAUGGGUCUUCGUCUUCGUCUCCCUCUUCGUCAUCGUCAUCCAAAACAACGACGACUACGACUACGACGACGACCACCGCAAAGAGUGCUAGCACGACCACAACCUCUGCUACAGAGACAACUACAAAGACGACCACCACUUCUGCUGCCGAAACUACCACCGCUCCUACCACCACGACCAGUGCUGCAACGACCUCGACCACGACCAAGACGGCCAAGCCUGUAAGCGACCAGACGACUUCCACUUCCACUUCGACUUCCACCACAAAGACCAGAACCGGCUGCUCUGCUCCUUCCGGAACCGCUGAGCGGUGGGGACAGUGCGGCGGAAAGGGCUGGACAGGGCCGACUGCCUGUGCGAGCCCGUACACUUGCCAGGUUCAGAAUGACUGGUAUUGGCAGUGCUUGUAGAUAGCCCUAGGGAAGGCUGAAAGUAGAGAGGGGAUUGGGCUCCAAGGACCUCCCUUGGAGGACCAUUCCAGUCGAAACGGUAAAGGGGUAUCCAGAUUGCAUGUUGAGAAAGAUUACAUUCUUGUAUAUUAGAGGACUUCAGGUCGGAAGUCCAGUUUUCACUUGGCAUUUUAUAUAUCAUUCAGUAUGAGUAUGGCCUGUUACAUGAUGAAGGCACUUUUGCUACUUACAUACACAAUCCUUAGAUCAAGUUAACACUCCUAUUCAAGCUGGCGCUAUGACGAGAGCCAUUAAUCUAGAGACUUUAUGUGGUGAGUAUCCCCUGCAUCUGGCGUCAGCUGUAGAACUGUAGUAUCACUAUCUCGAUCACAAGUUGGGCAGUAUUAAGACUCUAACAGGCUGCGUAUCUGUAAUGGAGAGAGCCCAGCGCCAGGCAAGCCCUCUACAUCAUAACCAUCCUCGACUGCAUCACAGACGCCCCUUUGUCAUCAGCAAUCAACAAUCUCCAAAAGAAAGAAAAAAUAGACCAUACAUUAGAGCAUGCAAGCGCUCAAAACUCGGCGCAAUACGCAUCCACCCUCGAAAGAAGAGCGCGCCUGGCCUGUUCAUCCAAAAACGAGGCCGCGAUGCUAUUCCGAGCAAGGACGGUAAUCUGGCCAAAGUCAAGGCCCAGCGCCGCCUGACACCGCAAAAAGUUCUCAUUGAUAUACGCCCCAAAGUACGGCGGGUCAUCUGAGUUGAUCGUCACCACGAGCCCCGCAUCGAGCAAGUCGCGCAACGGGUGCGCCUCCAGCGACGGCACGACGCCGAGUUUGACAUUCGACACGGGACACACGGUCAGUGGCGUGCGCCUGGCAACCAGCACGGCGACCAGCGCCGCGUCCGACGCACACGCGAUCCCGUGGUCGAUCCGGUCGACCUGGAGGUCCUCGACGGCCUGGCGCACAUAGUCGCUGGGACCCUCCUCGCCAGCGUGGAUACAGGUGCGGAAGCCACGCUCGCGGCAGGCCGCAAAGAAUCGCGCGAACUUGGAGGGUGGGUUGGGCAACUCGGCACCGCCCAUGCCGAUGCCGAUGAUAUGUUCUUUCCACGGCGUGAUCAGGUCGAGCAAGUGCAGCGCGUCCGCUUCGGACCGAUGCCGGUGUGUACUGAUGAUCAGCCCGGCGCUGAUCCCCCCCAGCGCGCGCUCGGCAUCGCGGAAAGCGCCCAGGACCCCCUCCAUGAGGUCGCUGAGCGGGAUCCCCUUUUCGAGAAACGUCUGGGGCCCGAUGAAGAGCUCGGCGCGGACGACAUUGUCCGCGUGCGCCCGCUGCAGGUAGGCGUACGUCACGUCGUAAAAGUCCUGCUUCUUGACCAGCACUUUGCACCCUUCAAAGUAUAAGUUGAGGAACGACUGUAGGUUAUUGAACUGGUACGCGGCUCGCAAUGUCUCCGGGGAUUCCCAGGGCAGGGGAACGCCGUUGCGCUGGGCGAGGGCAAACAUUAGGUCUGGUUCAAUGCAUCCCUCGAUGUGCAUGUGGAGCUCCGCUUUAGGGAUGCCUCGGAUGAAGUCCUGGAUUCUGUCCAUUUGAUCGCUUUUUUGGGUUGCAAGACUGUAUUCAGAAUCUAGGUUGGUCAGAGGAAGUAGCUACAGAUUAUAUAGCCCCGCACUAGUGGAACAUUGAUUACUCCAACUCCG